AUGAUUCAAAGUCUCGUGGAGCAGAUGAAACGCCAGGCAGAAAAGCAGGAGGAGCAUGCCAACGAGCUGAUGGAACUGAAGGCAGCCUCACAGGAAACGAGCAAGAUACUCCACGCCCGUCUACACUCUCAUCCUCGACUAUACCAGUCCUACCAACACCCUCACCCACACCAUACCCUCACCACAUGCCAUGAGCUCAACAACAUCCUUUCCUCCAACCACCACUGCCCCACUGCCCCAACGAAACUGAGGGUUGCUUCAUUCAAGUCUCGGAGGAGCAAUGGCCGCCCUUAUGCAAAAGCGGCCCAACAUCAUACCCCAUCAUCUUUCUCGGACGCGCACUGUCAGCCUCAGGUCAGCAACAUCAACAGCCGCCUUCCACUGACUGAGGAGAGCAUCGAGCUGAUUCAGGAACAGCAGUCACAGACAGACACACAGCGAACGGGAGCAAGACAUUGUCGCGCGCGCUCGAUCCCGCGAUCAACAACCUCAUCCGACAUCGACAUUGAUGAUGCAACCAACCUGGUCAUGCGUAACGCUACCUUCAAGACCUUCCAGCUCUACGAGCUCGUGCAUGAGCUCAGCGGAACAGCUGCAGCAACAUUGAAACCACAGCGCAGCAAGAGAGCACGCGAUGACAUCUCGGCAAUUAGUGAUGCCUCCACUUCUGGUCAUGGGGCGAUGACACUGAUCAUGCUCCUGAGCAAUGUUGCCACUCGGAACUUACAGUUGAUAAGGAUGCCGUGGCUUUAGGACUGGACCUGAUGAAGGAGGCAAGAAGACUAGCAGAGGCCAGGAAUGAGCAGCUACGGUUGAUGGUCAUGUCCCAGUUCUUGGAGGCUCGAUGCAAACGCUCCUCCGCAGAUGAAAUCAAUAAAACUUCGGCGUCCUUUUCGACACUCAAACUCCACUAGUCCUAGCAUCAACUCUCACUCCGAAGACGCCUCUUCGAAGGUCUUUGCGUAUUGUAUCAUAUAGCCAGCAACAGGCAUCAAAAUAAAUGUAAUAUCACUUGCUUUAUUUUGUUACUGCAUGGUGUGGGAACUCCGUCCGCCCGAAGUGCACUUGCCAUGC